AUGCUCGAUCCUAAUUACGUAGAACGUUACGGGGGACGUGAGUGGGAAGGUCCGUAUAAACUAUGGAUGUGAAACGACUUUCAGCAGCACUUGGGCUCAAUUACCCAUAAUUCUUUGCCAGCUAUUGAAUAAUUCUGGGUGAUGUAGUCCAGCAAUAGGUGGAAUGUUAGGGUUGGACUGACUGUGUCGCCAUGUAUAACCUCUGGUUAGUCUCGAAGCGGACUAUUGUCCAUGGCUUAACGAUCACAUAGUCCGUAUAAAUCUCGCUUUAUCUUAAACAGAUUGUGGCAAAGAUGGAGUCUGUAUUCCUGUCAGGACUUCGCCUGAAAACACUGACCUUCAUCGUAAUUACUGUCUGCAGCCUUCCAGUAACAAAUUCAUUCAUCUGUGCGGUAAGAUAACAUGUAUACAGGAUUGUACAAAGCGAACUUCACAUUUCUAGUCAAACAAAAACAUUGCUGACUUUCGUCAUUUUUCAAAUUUUGGAAAACAAAUGACGAUUUACAAUAAAUUGCUGAUAAUUCAAACUUUACGAUCAGUUACACCCCCUCUGAUGGGAUAAGAGAGCGUCCCACACACAGGGAUUCCUAUAAGUUAUAGGGUCAGUGACGCCCCCUCUGAUGGGAUAAGAGCGUCUCACACAGGGAUUCCUAUAAGUUAUAGGGUCAGUGACUCCCCCUCUGAUGGGAUAAGAGAGCGUCUCACACACAGGGAUUCCUAUAAGUUAUAGGGUCAGUGACGCCCCUUCUGAUGGGAUAAGAGAGCGUCUCACACACAGGGAUUCCUAUAAGUUAUAGGGUCAGUGACGCCCCCACUGAUGGGAUAAGAGAGCAUCCCACACACAGGGAUUCCUAUAAGUUAUAGGGUCAGUGACACUUCCUCUGAUGGGAUAAGAGAACGUCUCACACACAGGGAUUCCUAUAAGUUAUAGGGUCAGUGACGCCCCGUCUGAUGGGAUAAGAGAGAGUCUCACACACAGGGAUUCCUAUAAGUUAUAGGGUCAGUGACGCUCCCUCUGAUGGGAUAAGAGAGCGUCUCACACACAGGGAUUCCUAUAAGUUAUAGGGUCAGUGACUCCCCCUCUGAUGGGAUAAGAGAGCCGCCCUGGGCCACCACAGGAUUCCCUAUAGUUAUAGGGCCCAAAGUGGACGCCUGAUGCAGGGGAUGGGCGAGAGCCGCCCUCACACACAGGGGUUCCUAUAUGUUAUAGGGUCAGUGACGCUCCCUCUGAUGGGAUAAGAGAGCGUCUCACACACAGGGAUUCCUAUAUGUUAUAGGGUCAGUGACGCUCCCUCUGAUGGGAUAAGAGAGCGUCUCACACACAGGGAUUCCUAUAAGUUAUAGGGUCAGUGACAUCCCUUCUGAUGGGAUAAGAGAGCGUCUCACACACAGGGAUUCCUAUAAGUUAUAGGGUCAGUGACAUCCCUUCUGAUGGGAUAAGAGAGCGUCUCACACACAGGGAUUCCUAUAAGUUAUAGGGUCAGUGACGUCCCCUCUGAUGGGAUAAGAUAGCGUCUCACACACAGGGAUUCCUAUAAGUUAUAGGGUCAGUGACGCCCCCACUGAUGGGAUAAGAGAGCGUCUCACACACAGGGAUUCCUAUAAGUUAUAGGGUCAGUGACGCCCCCACUGAUGGAAUAAGAGAGCGUCUCACACACAGGGAUUCCUAUAAGUUAUAGGGUCAGUGACGUCCCCUCUGAUGGGAUAAGAGCGUCUCACGCACUGGGAUUCCUAUAAGUUAUAGGGUCAGUGACAUCCCCUCUGAUGGGAUAAGAGAGCUUCUCACACAGGGAUUCCUAUAAGUUAUAGGGUCAGUGACUCCCCCUCUGAUGGGAUAAGAGAGCGUCUCACACACAGGGAUUCCUAUAAGUUAUAGGGUCAGUGACUCCCCCUCUGAUGGGAUAAGAGAGCGUCUCACACACAGGGGUUCCUAUAAGUUAUAGGGUCAGUGACGCCCCCACUGAUGGCAUAAGAGAGCGUCUCACACACAGGGGUUCCUAUAAGUUAUAGGGUCAGUGACUCCCCCUCUGAUGGGAUAAGAGAGCGUCUCACACACAGGGAUUCCUAUAAUUUAUAGGGUCAGUGACGUCCCCUCUGAUGGUAUAAGAGAGCGUCUCACACACAGGGAUUCCUAUAAGUUAUAGGGUCAGUGACGCCCCCUCUGAUGGGAUAAGAGAGCGUCUCACACACAGGGAUUCCUCUAAGUUAUAGGGUCAGUGACACCCCUUCUGAUGGGAUAAGAGAGCGUCUCACACACGGGUUCCUAUAAGUUAUAGGGACAGUGACGCUCCCUCUGAUGGGAUAAGAGAGCAUCUCACACACAGGGAUUCCUAUAAGUUAUAGGGUCAGUGACGCCCCCUCUGAUGGGAUAAGAGAGCGUCUCACACACAGGGAUUCCUAUAAGUUAUAGGGUCAGUGACGUCCCCACUGAUGGGAUAAGAGAGCAUCUCACACACAGGGAUUCCUAUAAGUUAUAGGGUCAGUGACGCCCCCUCUGAUGGGAUAAGAGAGCAUCUCACACACAGGGAUUCCUAUAAGUUAUAGGGUCAGUGUCUCCCCCUCUGAUGGGAUAAGAGAGCGUCUCACACACAGGGAUUCCUAUAAGUUAUAGGGUCAGUGACUUCCCCUCUGAUGGGAUAAGAGAGUGACUAACAUUUAAUUUCUGUUUAGUUCCUGAGCUAAACAUCUUAAAGAAGCAAUCCCUGAAAAUCCAUAUAAUAGAAGGGAGGCGGGAGUAUGAGAGUAUCUUGUUGUUCUGGGUAAGUGACUUCUCUCCUGUCUGCCAUGUACGGAGUACGAGGCAACAAACUGUUACUGACAUUCUGCCGUGGCCGUUGCUGUAUCCACAGGAGCUCACUAUCCUGAUGCCCAAUGUGUCUUUCGAGCUUGUGUUCGUCGGCGAUGUUUUACCGUUGGAGGAGGAUAAGAGACACUUCAUUCUGCGUCGGAUGGUGAGAGCAGACAGGGUGGAGGUUACAGCAAGGGGAUAUAUUCUAAUAUAUUCUAUACUAUACAUACUAUUAAUACUUUGUCUCCUGCCUCCAGGGAUCCAAAGUGAUUUGCACUGAUCUCACCUCCCCUAACCAACACAAAGGAGAAAAAGGCAUCCACGUUAAAGUGCAUUCCCAUUCCUACCACAGCCUUCAGGCCUCUAAACCCGACCUCGUAAUUGGUGAGUAAUAAGAGAUGAAUUAAAUGGACUAGUACAGCGUAAUACACAAAACAUGAUUAUUGUCGUAUUAAAGAAAAAGAGGAACCCAGACUAAUGCAUUAAAUAAUAUGCCAAAGAAAAUAAAUAAAUAAAAUAUUAAAAUACAAAAUAUUGUUUACAGUCACCUCCCUUACUAUCCGUCUCCAGGAUUCAUACUUGGGGGGGAGGGGCCACAUAAGGGGCCAGGGACAGUUAUAAAACGUGUGAGUAUAUAUACACAGGGCUCGACAAAUUCCGGGUCGCCAUGGGGACUAGACAUUUCGCCCUAGUGCAUGCCAUUUUUUCAGCCCUUUGCUAAGCCGCACAGGAAACGUUAAAGCCAGCCGUCGCAGGGAGCAUGGAGGCGGCACGUGAGGGAGCAGUAACCUUCCUGCAGUUCCUCUCUGCUCCCAUGCUCGCUGUUUAGUGACAUGACGCCACUUCGUCCCGGAAUCACUACAGAGAGCGCGCAGGGGAGCAGAGAGAAAAUGCAGGAAAACUGAGAGGAGACACACUGGACGCCAGGGAAAGAUCCACUCAGCUCUCCCAAAGGCUGGGUGGAUUUAAAUUAAAUAAAAACAGCAAUUUGAGGGUGUGUGAGAAAAUAUGUGUCUGUGUCUAUUAUAUAUAUCUACUACGGUUAAUCCAAUCUACUAUAUAUAUAUAUACCAAAAGAGUUGUGGUGGGGAAAAAAGUGUGGAUGAAAAUCCCUUCCACCUGAAGUAAAUGGAUAGUUAAUACAUUACUUGCUUUUCCCACAGAAAUCUCACUUUAACAGUGUUCUCAUUACUGCAAGGGAUUACUGGCUUGCUAUGGAGGCUUGGAUUAAGGGGUUUUCAUCCACACUUUUUUCUCCUCCACAACUCUCUUGGUAUGUACUUUAUAAGUACCGCCAAGCCUCCAUAGCAAGCCGGUAACCAACCUCAUGCUGAUGAGUUGCAUUAACAACAAAACAGCUGUCCAUGAGUGGUUCACUGGCUUUGCUCCUCUUCCUGAGCUGUGUUUCAAAGCUGUUGUAUGCUGCAGACACAUACUCCAAGGAAUCCAUGUAUAAAGUGGAAUUAUGAGGCAUAAAUGUGAUUCUUUGUUGAACUCAUUUGCAUAUGCCUACCCAGAAUCCCUUGCAGUAGUGAGAGCACUGUUAAAGUGAGAUUUCUGUGGGAAAAGCAAGUCUUAUGGCUUGACUGGUGUGUGUAUUUUUGUUUUUAUCAAUGUAUUAAAAAAAUAUAUAUAUAUAUAUUUAUACAAUACACAAGAUAUAUUAUAGUCUAGAUUGUGUAGCGGGCCCUGGGUAACCCGGUAGGCUACCCCCGCUGUUAAAGGACCACUAUAGUGCCAGGAAAACAUACUCGUUUUCCUGGCACUAUAGUGCCCUGAGGGUGCCCCCACCCUCAGGGUCCCCCUCCCGCCCGGCUCUGGAAAGGGGUUUAAACUUACCUUUUUCCAGCGCUGGGCGGAGAGCUCUCCUCCUUCUCUCCUCCUCCGAUCCGCCCCGUCGGCUGAAUGCGCACGCGCGGCAAGAGCUGCGCGCGCAUUCAGCUGGUCGCAUAGGAAAGCAUUCAUAAUGCUUUCCUAUGGACGCUGGCGUUCACUCACUGUGAAAAUCACAGUGAGAAGCACGCAAGCUCCUCUAGCGGCUGUCAAUGAGACAGCCACUAGAGGCUUUGGGGGAAGGCUUAACCCAUUAAUAAACAUAUCAGUUUCUCUAAAACUGCUAUGUUUAUUAAAAAAUGGGUUAACCCUAGAGGGACCUGGCACCCAGACCACUUCAUUAAGCUGAAGUGGUCUGGGUGCCUAGAGUGGUCCUUUAAUGAAGGAAGAGACCCAUUUCCCCCAGUAACUAAAUGUGAAGAAAAUAGAUUUUUAAUUGACAUUUUCUUCUUUGUUCGGUACUUUCCCUGUUUAUUACCCUUAUAUUGAAUAUAUUGGUUCGGUAGUUUGAAACUACCGAACGCCGACCACCCUCCUGGCUCAUUAACUACAAAGGAACCAGCAAUUAAGUGCUCCCUGGGCGGCUGCUGUUCAUACAGCCGAACGCCACGUGGAAUAGAAAACAGCGGAACUAAAAUCGGACACUCGACUUCCCGAACCACCGCUGAAACUACUGAACGCCGGCUUCAGUACUUCCCGAACAGCCAGGGGAGCGCCAUUCGGUAGUUCUGUGCGAACGGACAAGGGGAGCAAUCGCUCCUAUGAGCCAGGAGGAUCCAUUCGGGACUUUGUUCGGUUUUUACCUAUUUGUGAAUUGACCGACCGCACACGCUAAAUUUGUGGAACUGUUUUGGGCAGGAGCCGCGUGUGUGGUCGGUAAAAGGUACCCUCCAUACUUUUUAAGAACCCCUGAACCGAACUGGGUGAAAUUUGGAUAUGUUUGUCCCCCAGAUUUGUGGGGAUACCUGGUGGGGAAAGGGGUGUUCUGAGUUUUGGGGAAAUUGUGUGCUCUCUGCCUGGAGAUAAUUGGUUUAUUCCUUAACUUAUCUCAAUAUCUCACAGGCAGAGAGGAGGCGUGUAUUACUGUAAAUCUGUAUGUUGUCUUUGUUUGCUGUGGGAGGUCCACUUGCAGGAGGAUUUCUCAUAAAAGCCUGUGUGUUGUCAAUAAAAUUCAUUCCUGUUACACCCUUCAUGAAGUCUAGGCUCAUGUUUGGGGGAUAUUCUAUUUGCUGGGAAGAAUCACCUUGGAACUGCAUUUCAUCUACCUUAUUCCUCUACUCCCUGCUGCAGCUAUAAUCACUUAUGCUCAGGGAACAGAAGACCACAGCACCAUAACCACUGCAGGUCUUAACACUGGCCAACACACAGUUCCAGGGGUACAACAACAGCUUUAUUGGCCACAUGCGGCUUUAUACUUUUCUCCAUGCAAGGGGUGGAACACACAUGAAGACAAUGUCCCCUCCCCGGGUCCUCCCCCGCCCGGGGGUCGUAUAACGGAACCAGAACCCCAGUCCCUUUGUCCUCUGCUCCCCCCCACUCAUCCUCAGGGUUUCCCGCAUCUGGUGACCAGGCGAUCUUUAUCUCAUGAGCCUCUGUACCUGGGAGCCUCAGCGCGGGAAAGUUUCCUGCCUCUGUGACUCCCAGCCACAGAAAGCCUGCCAAACCGCCAUUGUCUCCAAAGAGUGUCCCCAUCAAUCUCAGUGACCCCCAGAACAGCAACGUCAUGAACUGCCUCCGUUCGCAGGGUCCCUGGGUGAAACCAGGCAAGGGAAGUGUCUCCUUUCGGGACACGAAUGCACCCCCUGGCCGGCACUCAUCUGUACAAACGGCGGCCACCCAGGGAAGCACUCAUUAAUGACUUCCCUUGCGGUUUAACACUUUUAUUGCUAACGUUUUAAUUGAUUGAUGUGAACACUCCAAAGGCACUGGGGAGGUUCUCGUUCGGAAACCAAGCGAGAUGGGCAGCGAACCGGGAAUGCUCCUCCUGGAUGGCGUUCGUCCAACGAACGGGCCGCCACCCAGGGUCCGCACGCGCUGAAGCUUUCCUUGCGGUUUGUGGUUUCAACAUCUAGUUAAGAGGUGUGAAAGGUCUAAAGCAACAUUCUAAUUGGGGUAUUGGGGUGGUCCCCAUUCGGGAGGCGAAUGGAACCCAUUCGUAUGAGCUCUCCCGAACGGGAAGCAGGGGAAGCAUAGAAAUGCAUCACAAUUACAGGGGAUAGAACAUACAAUUCACAAAUUGUAGUGGUCCCACCACAGAUUGGAUUAGCCAUAUUAGUCCAGUAGACAAGAUGCCAAACUGAUGUUUUCUUGUUAGGUUUUUUUUUUUCUUUUUAACUAACUUAUUGACUCUUCUCUGUUUAUUUACUUUUUCUGGCUUUUCUCAGCCAACCUGAACCUUUCACUUUCAGGCACAUCUCCUGCUAUUUAUGACGCCCCACUUACCCCCUCCCCUUCUCUAACAACAGUUGUUUUAAGUGCUAAACUCUAUCAGAUUGAUCAGUAUUGCUCCAGACCUGAAGAAGAGAGGAAAACUCUUGAUAGCGCGUCUUUGAAACAAUAUGUCCAAUAAAAAUGGUAUCAUUGCAUACAGCAAUACUCUGGUAUUUUGGCAUUAUACAUAUAUUCAAUUUGGUGUGUAAUGGGGUGGAGUGUGUGUGUGUGUGUGUAGGUGAAGAGGUGGGUGUGAGGGGUGCACUGUGUGUCUAUGCAAAGGUGUACUCUGUGUUGGUGGGAGUGCUUUACAAGAGCUUUACAAUUUUUACUUUAAUAAUUGUUUUACCAAACAAAAGAAUAUUCUCCUUUCCCUGAUCUUACCCUGCAGGCAGGGGCUGGCACAAUCAGAUCCGUGGUGGUUGAGAAGGCUGCCUAUCCAUCUGGUACAAGGGAGGUCACGAGAUGAGAGGUAUCUCUCUUGGAGCUCAAGCACUUACAGAGACUGACCCAUACACACACACACAGACUGCCCCCCCUGCUGACAGACUGACCCAUACACACACAGAGACUGCUCCCCCACACAGACUGACCCCCCCACAUACACACAGACUGACCCAUACAUACACAGACUGACCCCCCCACAUACACACAGACUGACUCAUACACACACAGACUGACCCAUACCCAAAUCCACCCACACAGACUUACUCUCCCCCCACACACAGACUGACCCAUACACAUAUACACAUACACACACACACACACACACAUACACACACACACAGACUGACUCCCCCCACACACACAUACAUACAGACUGAACCACAUUGACUGACUCACACUUACCAGUAGCUGCCUGGAUGCCUCUGUGCAGAGCUAAGCUUCCACUCCCUGUCUCUCCCCUGCACUGCUCUCUUCAGGAGGAAGUCCUCCCAGCACAGUGCCCCCUCUGGCCGCGUGUGGGAAAAGGGCUGUGAAGGGAGACUCAGUGCUCCCGACUUCAAUUUCAAUUGGUGGGUCACAAGGGAGGGCACUGCAUGAUGUAGGCACGCACCUCUUCGGAUGAAUAAAGCUACUUUUCAAACUGAUAGAAGGCACACAGCGCUCGAUUUUACACACAGACCACAGGUUUGUGGACCAGGCUGUGCAGUGAAUGUUUGAUUUACCUUUGCUCAGCUCUCUCCAUGAAGAAAUAUCCUGCUAUACUAAUUCUAUGCCUCAACCCAACAGCCUGUAUCUCACUUUUUGUUCAUCUCAGGUUUAACAGGUUGGAGGCUACUUAAGCUGUUAGUAAAAGAAGGUCUUCCUUGAGUGCAAAUGUGACAGACUCUCUGGUCACCUAAGCCGGGUACAUGCCUCCCCUUCUCUCAAAAGAUUUUUCUUGCUAAAGUCAAACCCUUCAGUCCAUGCCUCCAGGCCCUACUAGCUGCUCAGGAGUCUCCCAUCACUGGCCAGGGGGCCGCUGAGUCACGGUGCCUCUGACCUUGAGCAAACUACCUGGAACUCUGAAGUGGAUUGCGGAAUUGACGCAGUCUCCUUAAACUUUAAUGGGAGUGCUCACGGUCCCAGGACCGACAAUGAAGGAGCUUUUUGGAGGGUUAACCGAGGGGGUGAUGAGUCAUCGAAUGACACCAAGUACUUGGGGGAGCUCCGUGUUCCCACUUUGUUUUUAUACGACUCUACCCAACUCUGUACUCUGUACUUCUGCGCUGGAUCUAAAGCUAGCCACACGCCACUGAACUCUGGACUUCCACCUAUUUCGGGCUAGCCACAUCCAAUUUUGGACAAAAAGGACGCUCCAGAGAGACGUUUCUGAUGAUGACACUGCUGGCACAGGAAAUAUGUUUUAUGUCUGUUUUUCUUAAUCUGGUGCUGAGGUGUCCAGCCGAUAAUAAAAUUACCAGCUCAGGCACACUUUGGGGACCCCCCAAGUAUGUAAGGUGACAAUUGUGCCCCAAUAAACCAGGUCUUAUUCACCCUUCACUAAGUCUCGACCAGUGUUUGCAAAAGAGCAUAAUCACUGGAACUUCUACACAAGGAAAGGGGACAGCCUCGACGGUAGUAGCCCAGCUAAUUGUCGGUUUACCACAGCAAAUCUAAGUUUUAAACUAUCCAUAAUUCCACAUUCACCAUCCUCUCUGCUCCUGUACAAGUCUUCACCCAGCACAAUAAUCUCCGCCAUCGCUCUAUUCUGCCUCUCUCCAUUUCUGAGGAGUGAAGUGGUUCAUGCAGCUGCACUGUCUGAAAUUAUCGUUACAUUGUGGCAUUGCUAUAAAAUGGCAUUAUCAAAAAUAUUAUUAGCUUUCCAACAAAUUCCCACAAACAUGUUAUUUCAACAUUUCUAAUUUUGUCACAUUUACAUAAAAAAUUUUUUAUUUCUGCUACUAUGCUAUAUUCUGUCUGAGACACUGCAAGAGAAAUGACACAAUCCUUAUAAUCCUUAUAAUAUGUUUAUACAGCAUAAAUACACAAAUAAAACCUUUUCAUUUGUGUAAAUAUCCUGUUUGCGUGCUAGUUCUGUGUGCUGUAUCUCUAAUUUAUAUAAGGAUUAAGCUCCAAUUUCUUUCUUUUUCAUUUCUCUGCUCUUUUGUAGUAAUCAAACUUAUAUUAAAUUCUAUAUAUAUAUAUAUAUAAUUAGUAACGGAGAACUUUUUUUUACGAUGAAAGACAGCCCUGAUUGAACUAAUGUUAAUUUGUGCAGGUUUCAAUCCCGGAUUUGGGUUAAAUGACACGUGGCUGAGCACCUUACCAAGACUGCAGGUUAGUUGUUCAAUACUACAAAAAGCAUGAUCAACAAAACAGUAUCACAAUCCCAUUCCCUGUCCCAAUGGGUGACAGUGACACAGACAGGAGACACUAAGAAUCUUUACCUACAAGGUGACAAAGUGACACAAACAAGACAUGUGGCGGACCGCCUGGCACCCCGACUGGGUGCCUCCGCCAAUCGCUGUUUCCUUAGUGCUUACCGAGUACCACAAGCACCGUACCAGACACCAUCAGCACUGUAGUCCCCACUUCCAGCGUUACAGCUUGGUUGGGGUCUUGCUGUCCUCCACCCACCCUGGACCCAAGACCAGGAUCCAGCUUCCAGUGGGUUGACCUUUCCUCCAAGAGUAUGUAGCAGGCUGCUCUUACAAGAGCAAGUGAUUAUAAACCAGAGGAGUAUAGUGAUAAAGCAAUCCUCAGGGUAGAUACAGCCGUUUCCCCCACACAUGAGAUGGAAAAGCUUGUUGAGGGUAAGCAGGAACUUGUUUAAUGGGAGCCACAACUGGCCUUAUAUGCAGGCCCCAUGCAAGGGGCACUGCCCCCUGGGCCUGAGGGUAAAAGACAGUAUAAACAAUUGCACAACCACAUUGGCUCUCAGAUCUAGGACACUCCCAUACAUAAUCAAAUAAUUCCUCCUCUGUACCUGGGAGAUAAUUAUGGACUGUACUAACUCAAUUAUCUCCAGGCAGAAAAACACACUUUUUUUUUAUAAAAAAAAAACCAAAAUACAUUUCAAACACACAAAACCACCACCACAAAAGUUACAUCCCCUGAUACGCCUGAUCUGGAUGACCAACAUAUCAAAAAAUCACCCAGAUCAGUUCAGGGCUUCAGGAAUUUCCUGGAAGUCUUAUUUUUUACCGACCACACUCAUGUUCCCAUGCCCAAAACCGUUCCAGGGCUUGCACUCUGUCUAGUUUGGUAGUUUUGGAAAACGAACAACCUACCAAACAUAGUCAAUGUUCUUACCCUGGAGCUUGUUCCCCUCAUCCAGACAAACGAUUUCACUGCACAGUGCCCUUCUAAAUUGUAUAGAACCGAACACAGGCGAUGAUGAAAGUCCAGCGGUGUUCAGGAGUUUCUGUGUCUCAUUUUAGUUCCAUGAGAUUCAUGCUCAAACACCAGUGCCUGCGUUCAUGCGAACAAGAUGGCCACCACCUCGUGGUUGUCCGUAGGCAUUGUGGCCACCCAGAUGAACAAUUAGAACACUGGAGUGAGAAUCUCCCAGGUGGUCCCUGGUUUGUGCGGUUGUUCGGUAGUCGAACAAGAAAAUGUUAGAAUAGGGGGGGAAUGCAAUCUAAAGAACAGAAUAGCGAAAAAGGCACGAACAAGGUCUUCUAUGAGCCUUUUUGCAUUUCCCAUAGUCCUGAGGCAGGAGGCUGGCAAACAGGCCACUCCAAGAACCAGUGGCGAGGUUACUUUCGCCACAAGGGAUGCUAUAAUUUUUUACCUCCCUCUACAGCAAGCAUGUCAAAAUUCGCGGCACGUGGGCCGCAUGCCGCCCAAAAUGAAAAUCUUUGCAGCCUAGCGAGCCGCAUGUAGAUGAUCACUGUUAAAGCAGAGUAGGCACAUGCUCUCCUUACAUUGCAGGUGCCUACUCUGCUAAAAUGUACCCCGCCGGGGAGACUCCAGAGAGAGGCCACACACCAGCUUCCAAAGGUAUGGAGCAAUCAGCAAUAAAUACAAUUAUUUGUGAGUAUGUGCAAGAAUGUGUAAAUGUGUGUGUCUGUCUGUCAGUGUGUGUGUAUGUCUGUCAGAGAGUGUGUUGGUCAUUGUUGCGAUGAUCACGGCUGGACAGUGGAGGACCUGGAAGUGCACAGAGGCAGGCAACGCCACGUCACAUUCCGACGUGACAUUAACGUGCUCCACCUUCACAGGGUUUCAAGGAGUAGCGGGAGGAUCCGCUUUGGCACAGGGUGCAGACUGCGCCAUUGGGGACAUACCAUAGGCCAGAUUACGGAGUCGCAUAUUGGCAGCGGCAAUGUGUGUGGAGUUUUCUUGGUGGCUAAUAUUAGGUUUCUUUUUUUUUUAAAUAGGGGCUGGUGUUUUGUAGAGGGGGAUGCUGGGAUUUAGUAAAGGGGGGGCACUGGGAUUUAGUAGUGUGGGUAACUGGGAUUUAGUAGAGGGGGCUGCUGGUGGGUUUUUUAUACUGUACUUUAAAAAAUAAGUUUCUAUGAAAAUGUACGUUUUUUUUGUUUUUUUGCGACCCACAUAAACUUAAACCUUGUUUAUUUGGCCUGUGCUAGUUUGACAUGCUUGCUCAACAGGAUGACAACGUUACAGACUGGUGGCACUAGAAGUCUGUCCCUACUCCUGUCACAUAACACAGUGAACAAAUAGGGGGCGAUAUGAGUCUAUACCUCCCUCUACAGGAUGACGUUACACAAGCAGAGGGUGCUAUGAGUCGGUCGCUCUCCCAGCUUGGUGACACAGUGACACAGACAGGUGGCGCUAUGAGUCUGUCGCUCUCCCAGCUGGGUGACACGGACAGGUGGCGCUAUGAGUCUGUCGCUCUCCCUGUAGGGUGACACUUCGACAAAGACAGGGGGCUAUGUAAUUGUGUUUUCCUCUGAUAGAUGAACCCGCUGAUAUUUGUUUUAUAUCCAUUUCUUAGUCUCUGAAAGUUCCUGCAUAUUUUUCGGAGUGCUCCCAAUACAGCUGUGACGUGGACAGUCAGGUGGUGGCAAUAGCAACUGGAGGCACUUCCAGCACUCCGGUCCUCAACCCCUUCCGCUCGCCCUUGAGGAUUCCAACCACUGAUAACUGCAUGCCAUGGUGGGUAUCAAAGAAUCUACUGACCACAUUUACACCCAGUGAUUAUAUUAUUAUUUAUAAAGACAAACAAGUACAAAUAACAGGCCAAGUUUACAAGAGACAUUGAGGGUUAGGCCUGGACUUUUCAAAGCAGACAAAUAACCAAUGGGCGCUAUAUUCAAUGGCCAGGGUCCAACUGUGUUUUAGUGUGUCAGUGGUUUUUAGACAUGUGCAAUUCGUUUCGGUCCGAAGAUGAAUUCGGACGAAUUUCGGGCAAUUCGGACAUUCGGGUACUUCCGAAUGUCUGAAGUGUCGAAUUGCCGAGGUCCCCGAAGUGUCGAAGUUCCGAAGCACAGUAUUGCCUAAGUACUAAUAUACUUACCCAGUGAAAGAAGAAGAAUGUUACAUUGUAUACAAUUUUAAAUAAAAAGUAUACAAACAUAGCCAGGAUUCAGCUGUAAGCAUUUGCAACACUUACAACAAUCAAGUAACAUACAUAUUCAUAUAAAAUCUAAGUUACUUAGCCAGUCAAUGUAAUGACAGGAAUGAAUAAGUAGAUAACUCCCUAAUUCCCACGAUAUUCUUUCAGCCAAAUUUACUAAUACUAAGUAAAGAUUGCUCCCCCCCGGGCCCACACCCAUGAGCGGCGGGUGGGGGCCCUAAAUACUAAUAGGGGGGGAACCUAAUGUUCUCCCCCAUGGCCCCCACCCCUGAGCGGUUGGUGGGGGCCCUAAAUACUAAUAAGGGGGGACCUGUCCUCCACCCUGGCCCCCACCUCUGAGCGGCAGGUGGGGACCCUAAAUACCAAUGGGGGAAGGACCUAUUGUAUUCCCCCCCCCGGCCCCCACCCCUGAGCAGUGGGUGGGGGCCCUAAAUACUAAUAGGGGGGGGCCUAAUGUCCUCCCCCAUGGCCCCCACCCCUGAGCGGCGGGUGGGGGCCCUAAAUUGGAAUAAGGGGGGGGACCUAAUGUCUUCCCCUCUGGCCCCCACCCCUGAGUGGUGGGUGGGAGCCCUAAAUACUAAUAAGGUGGGGGGACCUAAUGUCCUCCCCCCUGGCCCCCACCCCUGAGCGGCGGGUGGGGUCCCUAAAUAUCAAUAGGGUGGGGGCCCUAAAUAAAAAUGUUACUCCCCCCAAGUGACUAGGGGUCCCCAAACCCCUAGUCACCACCUCUCCCCCCCAAAAAAAUUAACCCCCUACCUACCCCCUUCACCCUAAAAAUAAUGAGGGGGGACCUUUAACUAAGUACCUGUAAAAAAAAUAAAACUAACAUUCAAUGUUUUCUUUCUUCUAAAAUCUUCUUUCUUCAGCCCCAAAAAGGGCAAAUAAAAAUCCAUAAUAACCGACACAAUUAAAAAAAAAAGUGCAAAAAAAAAAAUAAUCCAUCUUAACCCGACGAGGGCUCCGUGCAGACUGAGCUCUGCAGGGCGGGGAAAGGCUUACUAGACAUGCCCCUACUCGCGGUAUAGCGAGUAGGGGCAAAAUUUACUAAUACUAAGUAAUUUUUACUUAGUAUUAGUAAACUUGGCAGAAAGACCAAUUUAGGUCUUUCACCCUUUUGGUAGAUAACUCCCUAAUACCGUGGGAAUUAGGGAGUUAUCUACUAAGCAGCUGCAAGAGAAGUCCCGAAGUGCCGAAUUCCAGAAAUUCUAUAAUGCUGAAGUGUCGAAGUUCUGAAGAGUUGAAGUGCCGAAUUGCCGAAGUCCCAAAUAUUUAAAGUCCCGAAUUUCGGAAUGCCGAACCGAACCGAAAAGUUUCCCCAUGCACAUGCCUAGUGGUUUUUGUGACUCUAUCUGUGAGGAAUGCUGAAUUUGAUGGAUCUCUUUUCAGCUAUGUAACUAUGCAACUAUGUAACUAUGUAUCAUGGUGUGUAUGUGUUGCAACGACCUGACAGUGUGUCUCUAUGUCAGUGUGUGUAUCAUGGUGUGUAUGUGUUACAAGAACCUGACAGUGUGUCUCUAUGUUAGUGUGUGUAUAUGUGUGUCUCUAACUCCAUUUGUCAAUGUUUUUAUCUGUGUGUGUGUGUUAAUGUUAAAUAUAGUGGUCUAUAUACAGUCCAAAGACUACAGUCCAAGUUCAACCCUGAAGCCCAUUCUUUUACGCUGUUGAUCCAGAAGAUAAGCCAUUUCCAAUAAUGCUACAAAAUGGGGAAAACUCCUUCUUGACUCCAUAAUGCCAGUCAGAAUUCUUCUUGGAUCAACAACCUGCUUAUGACAUACUAGCGAAAAUUGACUUCAUACUUACCGUAAUUUUCCUUUCCUGGCUAUUUUUCAUGGCAGCAUCAUUCAUGGGUAGCUCCCCCCCCCAGCCAACACAGGACAGGAAUUAAAAACGAAUUAAUCAGACUAAUUAGGUAUAAAAGGUCCCUCCUCCCUUCAUACCCUAGUUCAAUUAUAAAGCACAAAAUACAAAGGGUGGGAAACUUGACGCUGCCAUGAAAAAUAGCCAGAAAAGAAAAUUAUGGUAAGUAUUAAGUAAAUUUUCCCUAUUCCUGGCUAAUCAUGGCAGCAUCAGUCAUGGGUAAUACCCAAGCAGAAACAUAAAUAUCAGGGUUGGGAAACAUACAGAUGCAAAGAACCAAAUGUAAACGAAGAAGAAAAUAUUUAAUUUCAACAAACGGAGGAUACUGAGGACAAAACUCCCCUGACAAAAGAGGUGGAAGGAGCUGCCACAUCCAGUUUAUAAUGUUUUAUAAAGGUCAUUGGAGAAGACCAGGUUUCUGCCUUAAAAAUAUUCUCGUAUUAGCACCUCUGCCCAUUUAGCCCAUGAAGUGGCCAGAGCUCUUGUUGAAUGAGUUUUAAUUUUGGUUGGAGGAGACAAGUUCUUGUGCUGGUAGGCACUCUGAUUCUAGUGAUCCAUCUUUUUAGGGUAGAAGCAGAGACAGCCUCACCUAUUCUUGUACCAAAAGAAAGUACAAAUAACUGGUCAGAUUUCUUGUAGGAUUUAGAUAUUUCCAAAUAACGAACCAGACAUUCCUGAACAUCCAAAUUAUGAAGUCUGGCUUCUGUUUCGGAUCCUGGAUUAGGGAGGAAUGAUGGUAGGACCACCUCUUGGGACAGAUCGAAUCCAGAGACCACUUUAGGUAAGAAUUCUUGCCUAGUGCAUAGACAUACACUAUCAUGAAAUACCUGUGUACAAGAGUCAUCCGCAGAGAAGGCUUUAAUUUCGGAAAUACUUUUGGCUGAGGUUAUAGCUGCUAGAAACAAGGUUUUAUAUGUAAGCAGGGUAGCGUUCAGACUGUCCGAAGGUGAAAAUGGACUUUCAGUCAAGGCAUCCAAAACCAUGGAUGAGAGUAAUUCCUUUUGGGGGGGUCCUUAUUCUUACGGCCGCCUUAAAGAACCUUGCAAUUAGCGGGUCCGAAGACCAGGAAAAAUUGCAUAGAGCAGCUAAUGCCGAAGAUUGUACUAUUAAGGUACUAAGGCUAUGACCUUUAUCGAGUCCCUCUUGUAGGAAUUCAAAAAUUUGUGGGCUUGUUAAAUUCAAUAUCUUUAGAAGAUGCCCAAUUCUUGAAUGUCUCCCAGAUCCUAUGAUAACAUUUCGAAGUUGAUCUUUUUCUUGACUUCAAGAGAGUAUCAACAACUGCUUCAGAGAGACCCAAGUUCUUCAAUCUCUCCUUUUCAAAAGCUAUGCCCCUAAGUUCAGGAUCUCUGGGUGGGGGCGAGAAACAGGACCUUGGGUCAGAAGAUCCGACCUCAGAGGUAGUGGCCAGUGGUCUGCCAGGCUCAGCUUGAUCAGUAAAGGGAACCAGGGCCUCCUUGGCCAAUUCGGGAUCACUGCUAUUACUUUCCUUCUCCCUGUCCAAACUUUGCAUGGGAAGCAAUGUAUCAUCGGUAGAGGAGGGAAUGCAUACCCCAGAUCGAAGAUCCACCAUUGUGACAGGACAUCUUGCCCUGCCGACAGCUGAUGUGGAUGCAGAGAGUAAAAUUUCAGAGUCUGGCAAUUCUCUGCUGUGGCCAUAAGAUCGAUCUGGGUACGCAGCACCGGAUAGUUAUUUCUCUGAAUACCUUCGGGUGAAGUCUUCAUUCUCUGAUCUGAUUAGGAAGUCUGCCGUCUUGUUCUCUGUACUCAGAAGAUACACUGCUUUCAGACGCAGAAGACUGGAUUUGGCCAGUUCCAGGAUUGGAUAAAAUACUUCUAGAAGAAGCCUGUUGCGGCUGCCCCCUUGGUUGUCUGUAUACAAUGCCACAGCUCCGUUGUCUGCCUUUAUGAGAACCCAUGAUUGUAUAAUGAAAGGUAGGAAACCUAAAAUCGCCUUCUGAAUAGCACGUAAUUCCCUCAGGUUGGAGUGUAGAAGACUCUCUUCGUGUAUCCACUUCUCUUGUUUCCAUAGGGAUUUGAAAUGGGCACCCCAUCCAUAAGAACUCCAUCGUUAUGGUUUGCCAACUUGGUUCUUCCAGAGGGAAUCCUUGAAAUUGGUUUCUGUCUUCUUUCCACCAGAUCAAAUGCUGUUUUACUCGAGAGUAAAUAUAUAUAUUUUCUGUUCCCUGUCUGCCCUUUCUUUGUUGAACUGACAAAGAAAGCAUUUUUGGAUUAGUCUGCAUAUCCAUUGAGCCCAUUUCACCAACCCUAUUGUGGAGGUCAUUGAGCCCAUCAGGCUCAUAAGAUACCUUGCUGAUGUUUGAUUGAUCCUUAAAGUCUUUUUGACUUUGUCUUUCAUCUUGCUGACUCUUUCUGGAGACAAGUAGACCUUUGCUUUUAAGGUAUCUAUCACUGCCCUUUUCUUUGGGAGGGCGUAAGUGCGCUUUUUUCUUUGUUUAUCUGCCAACCAUGGGCUUGUAGUAUUUCCAUGACAACUUGAGUGUAAAGAAUACCUGUCUGAUGAGAAGGACCCACUAUCAGUAUAUGGUCUAAAUCAGUGGUAGUCAACCUUUUUCUACCUACCGCCCACUAAAGCAUCUUUCUUGAUGGACAAAUUUCCUUACCGCUCACCAGUUUUCGCGCAAGUGCGGAAUAUUUUUUAGAAAGGAGGGCGUUUUAAAAAAAAAAAAAAAAUGUACGUACAUUUAUCUUUUUAUUUUUACUUAAUGCAUGUUUAUAAUUUUUUAAACUUUAUAAAGUUUAAUGAGAAAACAAAGUAAAUUGAAAUUACCUUUACUAGUGAUUAAUGGGAUCCUUGAGGUUGAUGCUGCAGACUAAAUAUUUGAUAUCUGGUUCGAUUUUCGUCUGAACAAACGAAGGUCUCCUCUUUCGGUGAUAUUCAGACGACUUCUCUGUUUGCGCAUAAUAUGAUUUCUCAUCUGUGUGUCAGCUCCCCUCCUCAAUUACCCUCCCCACUUUUUUUUUUACUUUUUUCUAUUUUCUAACCUUACUUAUAGCAAUGCCCAGUAGGAAGGCUGAGCUAGGUAGCCCACUUACUAUUACUUACUAUAGCCCACUAUAACAGACAAACACACAUACAUACAGACACACACACAAGACACACAUACAUACAAAGAAACAUACAUACAAACAGACAGGCACACAUACAUACAGGCACACAGACAGGCACACACACACAAGACAUACAUACAAAGACACACACACAUACAGACACAAGACAUACAUACAAAGACAAGACACACAUACAUACACACAUACAGACACACACACAAGACAUACAUACAAAGACACACAUACAGACACAAGACACACACACAUACAGACACAAAACACACAUACAUAGACACAUACAUAAGACACACAUACAUACAAAGACAAGACACACACAACACAUACAUACAAAGACAAGACACACACACACACACAAGACAUACAUAGACACACACAUACAUACAAAGACACAUACAAAAGACACACAUAUAUACAAAGACACAUACACACACAUACAGACACAUACAUACAGACAGACAUACAUACAAAGACACACACACACACACAAGACAUACGUACAAAGACACAUACACACAAACAAACACACAUUAUAUUUAAGUCACCCUCCUGUUUCCUACCUUUAAGGUACAGGAGGGUGACUUUCCCUGUGGUCCAGUGGUGGCUCACGUGGAUGGGAGUCAGAGUUCCCACUCUGACUUCCUCUGCUUCCUUCCGCGCUGUCUGUGUGUUAUCUGGGAGGAGUGAUGUGUAGUCACUUCCUCCCAGCGUUUGAUGUAAUCACAGGGGGCCUGGUCGCGCUGUUAAAGUGCCCAGCACUGACCGGGCCCCCUUACAAUCCACAUCCAUCGGGUGGCCCUGACAGCAUGGGCCACCUGAUGAAACCCUUGUACGGCGGCCCCGGCCUGCGCAGCAAACUGCCGGGCAAAUGGUGAUGGCAGUACCUGGUCGCAGGGGUACCGCCGGCUCGCACCCACCCAAUCUCUCCAAAUGAGGAAAUCCGCCCACCUGGAAUCCUGAAACGCCCACUAGUGGGCGGUAGGGACCAGGUUGACAACCCGUGGUCUAGAUGAAGGGAACAAGCUCCAGGGUAAGACUAUUGACUGCGUUCGGUAGUUUGUUCAUUUGAAUACUACUGAACUAGACCGGCCGCAAGCCCUGAUUCUCUGGAACUGUUUUGGCCAUGAAACUAUGCUUGCGGCCGGUCAAAAAGAGACUUCCAAGAAACUUUUGAACCCCUGCUCUGAUCUGGGUGAUUUUUGGAUUUGUUGUUCACCCAGAUCAGGGCUAUCCGGGGAUGUAACAUUUUUGGGGGUAUGUUAUGUUUUGGGGUACCUUCUGAACUUUAUGAAAAUGAGUUUUUUCUGCCUGGAGCUAAUUAAGUUACUUUUAUCUCCCAAGCAGAGGGGAGGGAUUGUGUGCUGUACAUGGGUGUGUCACAGACUGUAUGUUUGUUCUGCUUGGAUUAUGUCCUUUGUGUUCCUGUGCCCCAUUAGGUCCAGGUGGUGUUCCUCUGGCCUGGAGAAUUGUAUAAAAGCCAACCUGAACCAUUAAAGCUCAGAUCAUCUUGUACCUUCAUGAAGUUUCGUCUCAUGUUUGGAGGAUUUGAGAACUACACUCUGGGGGAUUGCUAUAAUCACUAUACUCCCCUGAGUAUGAUCACUAGCUCUUCUAAGAGCUGUUCCUGAUACACUCUCAGGUCUACCCACUGGAUGCUGGAUCCUGGUCUUGGGUCCAGGAUGGGUGGAGGACGGUGAGAACCCAACCAAGCUGCGGAGGUUCGUGGGGUUUACAGUGGUUAUGGUGUUUCAGUGCAGUGUUUAUGGUACUCGCAAUUGACGGAGGUACCCGGUCGUGGUGCAAGGCGGUCUGUCACAAAUACAGUGCCCUCCCCUUAAUUUAGAACAGUGCUGCCCCCCCACUACUCUAAUACACUGCCCCACUUCCUUCCCCAAUUUAAUACUGCUCCCCAAUUUAAUACACUGGCCCCCUUCCUUCCCCAAAUUAAUACACUGCCCAUUACCUCCCCCAAAUUAAUACUCUUGCCCCCUCACUCCCACAAAUUUAUACACUACCCACUCCCUCCCCCAAUUUUAUCACAUGACAGGAGGCUUCAUAUUUUGCAUAACUUUCUUUACUUUAUGCCUCCAGCAGCACAAGUCAAUCAGAAAAAACUUUAAACCAAUCAGUAACCGGCAUCACAUCCAUAUAUAAAGCCCUGACAGACACAUGACUUCCUCUUUCUUUGCUGCUCCAGCCAAGGCACAGGUCAGAGUAUUUUGCUCCAAACUGUUUUACUGAUAUUGCAAAUUGUCAUUAGUUAAUCAUUUAUUGCUUAACAUUCAGUUUGCUCCAAACUGUUAUUUUAUUAAUAUUGCUAUGGUCACUGUAGUUAGACACCUUAUGCUAGACAUUCAGUUUUAAUCCAAACUGGUGUUCUGGAUAUUGCAAUGGUCACUUUAAUUAAACUUUUUUACUUGACUUUCAGUUUGCUCCAAGUGUUUUUAUUAAUAUUGCUAUGGUCACUUUAGUUAGAUUUUUAAUGCUAGACAUUCAGUUUUGCUCCAAACUGUUUCUGGAUAUGCAUGGCCACUUUAGCUAAACUUUAUUAGCUUUUCCUGCAUUUUGACCUAAUCAGUUUUCAUUAUUUUGCACUUGCCUUCCAUUUGGACUUGUAUAGUGUGAUAUUCUCCCUGUUACCCUUCCCCCGAAUUAACCCUGUAUUUUCUGCUUUAUUAGCCUGUUUGGUUUUCUAUUGCUGGCACCUUUUCUUUCCUAUGCUUUACUCUGGUCUCGCACGGAUCGCAGCGUUUUACCGCGAUCGCGUUUUUUUUUUAUUCACUGGUGCUGGGACUUCAGGGCAGGUCUCUGGGGGUUCGGGAUGUCGGGGGGACUCUGUUCCAUACCGGCGGGCCGCGAUCGUAUCCUCGAUCGCGGGCCACACAGCACUUUUACGCGCGAAUGGCGGCCAUCUUGAAUCUCGCGGCACUCGCGAAAUUCACGUCGCCCAUGUCGUUUAGCUAGAUCUGUACUGUUUAAAAUAUUUUUCCUGCGAAAUAAAAGUUUUACAAGUACUUUUGAGCUCAAUACUGUUACAUAUCAUGGGCAUGUGGAAUAAAGGUUUUCUAUGUACCUUUUCUGGAAGAUUAGGAAUGAACUAUUCACUGCUGAGCUCUAUACUGUCAUAUUUCAUUGGCAUGUGAAAUAAAAGUUUUAUAUGUAACUCUGCAUGAAUAUGUAGGACAUGUAUGUACGUAGCGGGGAAUGUGGUGCGACUAAGAGUAAGGAGACUACCCCAAUUCUCCCCCCAAUAAUGACAAACAACGAAUAUUGGAUGAAACAGGCCACAGCAUUUAUUAAACUUACAACUGUAGGACUCAUCCGAACUUUAUUAUUUUUCUUUAAUUCAAAUAUAAAUAAACAGAUAAAUAUAUAUACAUACUAUAAUUAACAUAUAAAUUAACAAAUAAAUUACACUUAUUGCCCUACGGCCUCCAACUUAAAUAACCGUCCUUGCCAACGAACUUAACCAGGUGCCUAUGCACCAAAACUUUACCCACUGGUGUCUCGCCUCCCCCCUCGUCCAAACCAAAAAUUCCCAUCAUCUUAAAUGCUCUACCACCAGCCGGCUUUUUGCUCGGUGGGCACGUCCUAUUCGGUAACUUAAAAGUUUACCUUACAGAGCAGGGGAUGUUGAGACCCACCAUGUCCAUCUCCUGACAUUCCAUCUGCUCCCCAACCCUGUUGGCAAGGAAUCGCUCCCCGCUAGCUGUGACGGAACAAAAACAGAAAAUUAGGGUGGGUGGGAAGUUGUUUGCUGGCCAGAAUCCCAAAAGGCACUGAGGUAAGAUGAUCCCUGCCCCACUACAAACCCAUAACCACUCCCCUAAACACAUAUAGCCAAUCACUAGCACCAUCCCCACACUCAUACAUGUGCCCUUGUCCGUUUAGCUAUGCUGACUCCCCAGGGCCUGAUCCCUGCUGUGUGCAUUUAGGGGAUGCAGUACUCUGCAUGUCUGCUGGCAGUUUGCUCUAUUCUGUUCUAUACAACUGACAUGCUGAAUAACAGUUUUAUUUUACAUCUGGAGGAUUAUGAAUGGACUGUUCCCUGCUGUGGGCAUGUAGUGGAUGCAUUACUCUAUUAAAUAAUGCUGAUAACAUACUCAGCUCCCUACCCCCACUGGACCUCCCAACCACUGGAUACACUCCUUCCCCACAGGGAUACACGUCCCAGGACACAGUAGUGGAGGCACAUAACGAGUGAUUAACAGGGGUGACCCCCCUUAUGCUGGGUGACCCCCAAGCAUGGCAGACACCUCUCCAAAGUGACAUUGUGGUACAGGGGUGACCCCCCCUUACACUGGGUGACCCCCAAGCGAAUCUGGGUCCUGUCCUAGUGACAUACAUAUACUGGUGUGAAGCCCCUACGCUGAAUGAACCCCAAGCGAAUCUUAUACCGGUACUAAUGACAUACAUAUACUGGGGGGAACACCCACACCCUAGGACGGGCUCAUAUCCACGGAGUACGAUCUGUUACUAUAUGCACAGACCGGGACACACUGGAUACAUGUAAAUCGACAGAGCCAGGAAGGAGAGCUCACGGUGCUGCCAAUUCUCCACAGUACUAUAUCCCAUAACGGUGACCCCCUUGGAUAAUUUGGAGGCUACCAUACCUCCCCAUACACGGGCUAUGUCCCAACAUUACUGACCGCUCAUCCCGGUCUUAUUGAUGGUGACCCUCUCCUCAGACCAUGGAACUGAUUGAAACAAUUCUGGGUGACCCCCAGUCGUACGUGGAGGCCCACUAAGUGGCAAUAAGUGUACUACCAUACCUGAUACCUGUUCGGUACCGCACAGACCGAAAGAGUGUCCCAACAUGCCAUAAGACCCCCAAGCGAGUCUUACUCCGGUGCUAGUGGCAUACGUACAAAGGGGUGACCCCCCUGCCGGAUGGGGUAACCCCCCGCGCCCUAUCUAGUGUACACCCUGUCACUAGAUGCAUGUAUUCCGACACCUCUAUGUUUCAACUGGGGGAUCCGUACCUCCUUCCCUUAAUCGAGAAGGAGAACUCACAGUGCUGCCAAAACUCCACAAUUCUAGGCCAUAUAAGGAUGAACCCCUUGGAUUAUACAUAUUGAGGCUUUCACGUCUCCCAUACUCGGGCUACAUCCCAACAUUGCAAACCGCUCAUCCCGGUCUUACUGAGGGUGUCCUCAUUCUCAGACCACUCCCCGGAUCCUGUGAAAGUGGUACUGAUUGAUCGAAAUUCUGGGUGACCCCAGUUAUACGCGGAGGCCCACUGAGUGGCAAUAAGUGUACUGUUGUACGAUCCUGUCUCCCACAGACCGAAAGAGUGUGAACCAACAUGUCGGACUUCCCUCAAUAUCCCCGACCGAUUUUCAGGUGAGGAUUAAGGCCCCCAUGGCAGCUUUGGGGGAAGAAGUCCUCUCCAAUAUGCCGACUAACAACCCAUCCGACAGAGCGGGUGCAACGGCACCAACACCAAUGGAAGCUAGAGAUACCGACAACCUUAUCAUCUAAACACCAUUGGAAGGGCUCCAACGCGGCUUCUCCAAAGGGGAAGGGAACACCCCAACUUACCGGAGCCGUCUCUCAGAACGUCCUGUCCAUUAAUCAUCUCAGGCUGCAUCAUCAGGGGACGAGGACUUCAUCCCUCCCCCUUCUCUGGAGAUCAUGAAAGAAUGGAGAGCAGAAGAGUCUCCAUCUGAAGAGGUAAAGUGACAAGACCCGCCUAGCAAGAAAGGUUUUGCUUUGGCACACUGGACACUCUUGUUUUGACUCACGCACCAUCCGACACCCAGGGUCAUCCGAAUGGGGUUUACCGGAGCACCGGGCACACUUUGCCCACUUCUGGCUCAGGAGGCCUAUGGGAAAAGAAGUCCGAGACAAGCUCAGGGUGGAAUGCCCACGCCCUCUAUGACCGAACAAGAUAGUCCUCACCAUGGAGCUUGGUAUCAUUGUGGUGAUGUUUAUGUCCCGAUCAGGCUGGGGUCCAUGUAAAGGUGUAGGAGAAGGACUCAAAACGAGUUAGGAUAAAAUACUGGACAUGAUCAGCCCCAGGAAAAAAUUCUAUAUUUUGCGGACCUGACCCCACCCAAGACUUACCUCUAGAAGCUCACGAUGUGAAGGAAUGGGUGCAAAGGGCAAUAUGUAGGUUGGGGAACGCAAGCCAGACAGGUGCACAGAACGGCGUAAAGCAGCCCGAUUAAAGAUGGAUUUCAAACUAUUGAAGUUAGGGACGAAAGAGCGAGGACCUCAGGUGGAUGGACUAUUGUUUGGAGAACCAUUUAUCUCAGCAACGGUUUGGUAGUAAGGAAGAAGACAGGAGACUAUUGCCCAGUCAUCAACCUACGUCAACCCAUUGGUUUUGGGGCGUACCGACAACUCAAGAAGAAAGGGGACAACUCUUAGGGGAUCUACUCCUCGAAAUGGGUUCGCAAGAUUGGAUUUGAAGGGCAGUUACCUACUGGUUCACAUGGUGCGUCAUGAAGUUUCUGAAGCCGGUUCCAAGUGAUUCAGUUCCUCUACUUCGGAAUAGAUUCCACCUUGGGUGGAUUCCACCUUCCCACAUCAUUGAUAGCGACGAUUCGUAAUGAAAUUCAACGGGUAAGGCGGAAAGGCACCAUAACCCUUUGACUAUUUCCCAGGACCGCUUCACUACCGGGCUAGACAGCGACCGAAAGCUCACUGCCUGAGAUCAGGACACACCUCUGAAAUUGGGAUCAGAAUAGCAAAGACUUCAAUAGUACUCAUUACCGCGGUAAAGGAGUCAAGCGGGGCACCCAGAAUGGUUGUCCUUAAUCGGGAUCAUCCUCUGCUCCUUCAGUUUUAACUUGCCUUCGGGUAGAUCCAAAAGGAAAACAUCAUCCAUUGAUAAUGCAGGAGCGUCUGGAGUUGGUGGAUUGGUGUCUUUCAAGGGAGACUGGUAUGUCAAGGGACUAUCGCAACCAACUAGAGACCUAUUAUGGGACUCAUGGACACCAGGUAUUCCCCAAAAUAACUUAUCCGCAUGGAACACCUGGAGUUCGCUGGUGUAUGGGAAGGGACUGUGAUCCCUUUAUUACCCUUAUCUCCUUGAUGCUGAAUCUUUAUCAUACCUUUUCACUACGGGCCGAUCGGACCAUUCCAUUAACGGGAUACUUCCGCGAUUUCGACAACGCAUAGUACAAUUCAUGACACUCCGGUCGAUCAGGAGCCUUUUAUAUGCCACUUUCUGCGGGGUAUCAAACUGUCCAGAACCAUGCGUCAAAGUAUCACUGUUGUGGGACUUUGAUUUGGUUCUUUUGGAAAUAGUCAGAUAACACAGACCUAUCCCUCCGUCAGCCGUCAGCCAUAGUCACGGUACUUUUAGGUCUUUUCGUCGGGUAUCAGAUGUACUGGAGUUCGACGUAGACAGUCUUUUCGGUAUCACCGGAAGGAAUGAUUUCUAUGGUGUCUCGUAGAACUAAAUCUUAUCCGCGUCCGUAUCUUACCCUGUUCCCGACGGUUUCCCAGUCUUUGUGCAGUUAAAGCGGUACUUCGUUACAUGGAGAUCACGACAACACUUGGAUUGUCACAUUCAGGACAUCUGCUGGUCUUAUACAAGCCAGUUACCUUGAACACUCUGUCUAGAUUGGUUCAUUGGUUGUUAUCGCUAGCAGGGGUGGAGACGUGUUUUGGGUACUCAUUCGGUACGAGGCGUGGCUGCUUCUCAGGCCUUCAAGGGGGGCCCUCUAUAUUUUACAGCGACAAAUUGGACACGGAUAGGCUACAUCCGUAUAUUUCUUUUCGUCAACCACACACGCAUCCUUCUCGCUCAUACCACAGCUUUAAAAAUGCAAAAUAUGAAGCCUCCUGUCAUGUGAUAAAAUUGUAGAUUAUGCUAACGUAGUGUACCUAUAAUCUUAAUUUUAAUAAUGACAGGAGGCAAAUAUUUUCCCUCCCUGUUUCCCUCCCUAUACUCUGGAAAAUUCUAAUAUUCUAGUUUGUCAUUUUCUCAGUGUAAUUAUAAGGUUUUGGUAUUUCAGUAUGUAAUGGACCGUUUUGCACACAAGGGGUAAAAACCAUUUAGGCGAUCGUCCCCUUUUCAGCGAUGCAGGCACAGCUACUGUAGAACACCAAACUCACGAACCGCCAAUAAGGGAAUGCUCCAAACUCCCGAACGGCAUAUAAUAUAGCACUCCAAACACACGAACUGGAACCAUACGAAUCGCUGCUAGCAGACGAAUAGGAAAAGCAUCCAAGCAGCUUACACUCCUAGUAAUCAGUCUCUAUCAGCGUUUAGUAAAUCCCCCCCAAAGACGAGACAAGGCUCCGUGUUCUGGGUCAAGCAGUGGUCUGUUUAAUGAGGGCUACCUGCCCAGUAUUUAUGCAGGUCUCUCACCUGGUGGACACUCCCCUAGGGGACCAAAUGGGAGACUGUGACAAAAGACAGACAAGUAGACAAAUAGGACACACAGUCACCUUAUAUUCCCACAAUGCAUCCUGGCUUCCUCCCCUUUGCCUUGGAGAUAAUUGAGAAGUAAUUCAAUUAUCUCCCAAGACAAAGCAAAUCGCCAGUAUGCACGUGGGGAUACUAAACCAUGAAUUACUAUUAAAAUACACAGUAUGACACAGGUUACAAUAAAACCAUACAUUUAACAUAUCCCCAGAUAGCUCAGGUCUGAGCGCACAUUAUUAAGCGAAUGGUGCUCAGACCACACGAAUACAGUGUAAUCGCCAUGGAGCCAAAGUCUUUACACAGUCAGUUCUCAUGCGAAUGGGCUCCAUGGGAUUCCUAUCUGGGGUAUAACAUAGUCAAGUAAAACUACCGAACACCGGGCCGUUCGUGCACUUUCACCGAACAAGAAGGGAGGUCGGCGGCUUCAGCGGUGUUCGCACAAAACUGUGUCCGAUUUUAGUUCCAUGAAUUGAGCAUCGAACACCGCUGUGCUUUCGCGGGUUUAAAAUGGCUGCGACCUUGUGUUCGUUAUACGAAUGGCGGCCACCCAGCAUUCGUUAAUUAAGCUGCGGUUAACCGCAGCUUCAGGGAGGCUAAUUGCCGGCACACUCCAGCUCCCAGGUGGUCUAGUCAUUCGUGCGGUUGUUCGGUAGAUUGAAUCUACCAAACACCAGGCAGAAAAGCACGAAUAAGUCUAUUCUGCAGGGAAAAAGAUGUCUUUUAACAUGGGGCCAUAGUCCAAAGGCAGCAGGCGAGCAACCAGGCUUCUCCAAUGCAAUGUGGCGAGAUUGCUCUCGUCACACAGUAUAUUUAUGGGCUGCUUAUCUGGUUCAUGUGUUAGAUCCGUGUUGAUUAUUAAGUAUACUAUGGUUGUUUAAUGUUUCAGUAUAUUAACUUAAUAUAACUAUAGAUACGUAUAGUACUGGAUUUAAUGUGAAACAGUUGGUUUCCAUCACCUUUCACGUAUUUCUGUUCUUGUCAGCGUAAUCAUCAUAGAUGGAUUUGACAAGAUAAAGCUGGAAGGUUUCAAGUUUAGUUUCAAGUUAUGUGCUACACGUUACUCAGGACUGUUAUUUGAAUUCCCUGACGUUAUAAUAGACUGUUUUUCGCAUCAAAUAAAGAGGAAGUCAUGUGUCUGUCAGGGCUUUAUAUAUGGAUGUGAUGCCUGUUACUGAUUGGUUUAAAGUUUUUUUCUGAUUGACUUGUGCUGCUGGAGGCAUAAAGUAAAGAAAGUUAUUCAAAAUAUUCGCCUCCUGUCAUUAUUAAAAUUAAGAUUAUAGGUACACUACGUUAGCAUAAUCUACAAUUUAAUACACUGCCCUCCUCCCCUCUUCCCCUACCUUAAGAUGAGCCACCUGUCCUCCAGUUCCAGGCCAGCUCUUCUCUGCUCAAGCAGACCAGACACUCCGAGCAGUAGAAAAGGGGGAGUGGCUGAACUGCUCUGCAGACAGACAGCCACACUGCCCUCUUGUGGCCAUGGGAGAAAAGGCAAGAAUCAGACAGGAAAUAUCUUUCCUUUCUUGCGGCUGGUUGCAGCCACAGCACAAAGUGACCCCAGGGCAGCCGGGCCACAAAUAUGUUCAUUGUGGUCCGCAAGUUUGACAUGCUUGAUUUACAGCUACUCUGCCCUUAAGCGGCAGGUUGCUUUGUGAGUGUGUUGUUGUAGCGAAAUGGAUUUGUAUAACAUAUUUUCCUACAGAGCACCGCAAUUAUGGAAUAACCUCAGGGACACAGUCAAAUCUUCAUUUAAUCUAAAAUCUUUUAAGAGAUCUAUGGCAAUAUACCUCAGCACAGAAUGCACCUGUCAUGGCUGAAUAUAUUUAUCACCUGUUAUGUGUUAAAUUUAUACAUGUAUGUGUAUAUAUAUAUAUAGUUUGUAUAUUGUAUUUUUGUAAUAUUGCAAUGUUUUGUGGACCCAGGACAUACUUGAAAACGAGAGAAAUCAAUGUAUCCAUCCUGGUAAAAUAUUCUAUAACUAAAAAAUGAAUUCUUAACAUGUAUAGCUUGGAGGAAAGACGAGACAGGGGGGAUAUGAUAGAAACAUUUAAAUACAUAAAGGGAAUCAACACAGUAAAGGAGGAGACUAUAUUUAAAAGAAGAAAAACUACCACAACAAGAGGACAUAGUCUUAAAUUAGAGGGACAAAGGUUUAAAAAUAAUAUCAGGAAAUAUUACUUUACUGAGAGGGUAGUGGAUGCAUGGAAUAGCCUUCCAGCUGAAGUGGUAGAGGUUAACACAGUAAAGGAGUUUAAGCAUGCGUGGGAUAGGCAUAAGGCUAUCCUAACUAUAAGAUAAGGCCAGGGACUAAUGAAAGUAUUUAGAAAAUUGGGCAGACUGGAUGGGCCGAAUGGUUCUUAUCUGCCGUCACAUUCUAUGUUUCUAUUCCCCUGUUGUUCGGCUGACUGUACCCCUGUACCUCCCAAACAGAACAUGUAUGGUCCCCCUUUUUAUAACUCCACGAACACCAACCACACCUGGCUGUUAACCACAAAUGAGUGGUGGCUGCCAUUUGUAUAUACAAAUACACAUGUCAAUGUGUGUAUAAUUGUGCGGAUUCCUGGGUGUGCUCACAUGGGUCCUCAACAGGGAUUAAUCGAGAAUAAGUCCAGGUUUUGAGGAAACAAUAACAAUUGUAUUAGUGAAUAAAGAUAACCGGUUAGUUGGUUUCCUAAAGAGUUGUGUUUUAAAGCGACACUCCACUCAGAGUCUGGACAGCAACCCAACAUAGGUGCAUUUUGUGGCGAAACCGGCCUCGCCACGUGUCCUUGGAGGGGGCUGCUUGCCCGCCUCUUGCCUUUGGACUAUGGACCAGACUUUAUGUGAAUGUGUUAACCCAGAUAGCUAUGCCAUGGAGCCCAUUCGUGUAGUUAAAGACUUCGGCUCCACGGCAAUUGAACUGUGUGAAUUGGAUCUGAGCGCUAUUCGGUAGUUUUGUGCGCUCAGAUCCCAGCUAUCUGGGGAUAUGUGACAUGUCUUUGUUUUAUGUAUAAAAGGUGACUUUAUGUAUUUUAAAGUGUUUUGUGUCUUUUGCAACCAUGUGCUUAAUGGAGUCUUGUGUCUGUCCUGGGAGAUAAUUGAAUUACUUGUCUCCAGGAUAGAAGACUCUGAAACUGCUUUGGGCCGGAAAGCCAUGCUUCAUUUAGUCACAAAGGACUUUCCGUUAACUUUUGAACCCCUGGUCUGAUUCGUGCCAUUUUUUAAUAUGUUGUUCCCCUGAAUGGAUUGAUUAUGAAAAUGUAUGUUUUAUGUUUGUGACAUGUAUAUUUUAGAAGUUAGAAAUAUUGUGUAAAAACUGUAUUCCUCUGCAGGUGAUAAUGAGAUUACCCAUUGUGUUCAGUAAUCAUAUCACCUGCAGAGGGGAGGAUUUUGUGUGGGAGUGUCUGGGUGUAUUGUACGGAUUGAUUGGUUGUUUUGUAACGCCCUGUGGGCUGUAUUAUGUUUGUGGAUUGGGAAUAAAAGAGACUGUAUGUGACAGUACAGGGAGUUCCUGUUUUAACCCUCAAAGUGAAGUGUCGUCUCAUUAUUGGGGGAAGGAUUCAUUGUAUGUUGUUCCAGUUUGACUGCUAGGAAAGUAAACCUAUUCGUAUGGUUCCUAUUCAACUGUCUACAGCAUUCAUAUGCUUGAGAGAAGGUAUACGCUUCUCUGGUUCGGUGAUUGUGGUGUCUGCUGCAGUGCUUGGAGUCCUCAGGAAGCGCUAGGAGCAUCUUUCAACGGAGGUACCCAGUCGGGGUGCCAGGCGAUCCGUUACACAUUUCAUAGGUUUUAGACUCAUAUCAUGAUGUGUCUGGGCAGUUGGGAGGUAUAUAGGUGUCCAGCCAGGCCUGGACUGGCCAUCGGGCACACCGGGCAAAUGCCGGUGGGCCACAGUGUCAAUGGGCCAAGGCCGGCAGGGGUGGUCACAGGCUCUCCCCUGCUGGUCUAUGCAUGGCCGGCACUGUCAGAGCCCCUGCCCUGAUGUUUUCAAUGACGGUCCGGUGGGGAGAUCAAAGAUCUCCCUCACCGGCCCACUUGAGUAGACAUGUGGCUGGGGAGGGAGGGGAGGACCCGGCGGAGCUCUAUCUUGCAGCUCCGCCGGGUUCCUCUCGCAAAAUCUGGAGUGUUACCAUGAUCUCGCGAGAGUGAACUCUAGCCCGCAGGCUAGAGUUCACUCACCACUAGGACCACCAGGGAUUGUGUGAGAGUGCCGGUCUCCCGCUCUCAGGCAAGGUAAGACGGGAGGGGGGGAUAUAAUGCUUGCUUUAUUUUUUUUUAUUUUAUUUCCAACCCCCCCAAACACACAAUCCAUUCUAACAUUCACACUCAGCACCCUCACAGAAAUCACACACAGCACCCUCACACAAAUCACACACAGCACCCGCUCACACACACAAAUCACACUCAACACCCUCUCACACACACAAAUCUCACACAGCACCCUCACACAAAUCACACACAGCACCAUCACACACAGCACCCUCACACAAAUCACCCUCACACAAAUCACCCUCACACACACACAGCACCCUCACACACAAAGCACCCUCACCCACAGCACCCUUACACAAAUCACACACAGCACCCUCACACACAGCACCCUCAAACACAGCAUCCAUCACACACACAUACUGCACCCUUCACAUACACACUACACCCAAACAUAUUCAUAAUAAAUAAAUAUAUAUAUAUAUAUAUAUACAUAUACAUAUACACACACACACACACUACAGCACCCCUCACACACAUAUGCACUCCUAAACACAUUACAUUCCAAACACACACUAGAUCCCUUACCCAACUCUGGAUCAUAUACACACAUUAGAUCCCUUUAUACACUCUGAAUCCAUUAUAUACACACACUCACUAGCUCUCCUACACAUUCUGGGUCCUUCAAACACACACUAGACUCCUGUAUACACACACACACACACUGCACCACACACGCACAGACACUACAUUCCUAACAUGCAGACUCUAGAUCCCUUAUACACACACACUAGAUUCCUUGUAAACAAACACAUACUACACCCCUAAACACACUCUCCACAACCCCUACAAACACUACAUCACCUAUAUACAGACACACACUAUAGCCUGUAUGCACACACUUACUACAUCCCCUAUACAAACAUUCUCUACAGCCCCUAGCCACAUAUGCAUUACAUUACACCACAAACAACACGACUAAAACCGACCUUAUCACACAAUACCACACCACAAUAAGCUCACUCUACACACACACACAAUACCACAAGCAGGCUCCAAACACAUGCACAAUACUCUUUCCUGGCAUUUUUGUCUCCUGGUAUCCAUUUAUAGAGACACCAGAGACAAGUUGCAAGGAAACAGUGCAAGCAUGUUAUUAAAUUUGCUUGCGCUGUGCAGAACAAAUACAGGGCUUUUUUCUCAUGCUGGAGCUCUUCAGCAGAGCUCUGCGCAUGGUCUGCCCUGGAAGAGCAUUGAACCAACAUGCUCACUUUGAGAGGGGGCGUGUUUGUCAUUGGUGAUGACAAAACACACAUCCUCUGCCCCGCCCCCUUCUUAGUGGGCCGCUGUGGUGGAAAAAUGCCCGGGACAAAUUUUUCUCCCAGUCCGGCCCUGUGUCCAGCAAAGUAAAGGUCAAUCUGGAAUCUUUAUUGAUUUAGUAUCUGUUACUGCCGUUCAAGUCAUCGUGUCACACUCUACAUCUUGUGUUUAUAAUAGUCUGUCCUGUCAUUCCAGGUACAAUAACGCCUUCCUCUUCUACUUAAUCUACAAGUCUGGAGCCAAUAAUGGCAAACAGCAGCAUCAGCCAUCACAACCGCAGGCCAUGCCAGAACCUGCCCCCGAGCCUGCAUUCGAACCCAACAUGCGCCGAAAGAAGAAGCAGGGAGGGCGCAAUAAUAAGAAAUACAGAUAGAUCUACUAUAUCCAUAUUACCCUCAUUACU